CACAAUUUUUCAGUUGUUCUGCGACAAGGUAGCAAGAUUUCCCCAUACCACUCUGUCACGAUUCCCGUGCAAAUUGAGAACCGCAAAAAAAGUUUGACUAGAAAUGUUCUGUAGCAUCUCUUGGAAUCGAAAACAUCACUACCUCUAGGUUUUCUUUUUCUCUGAAAAACAAAAUGAAAUACGACGCAUUUAGUUUAGGAAUCGAAGCAAGUAGAAGAAAGGCUUUAUCAGACUCACUUGUUCGUUUCCAAUUUCAUAGGAACACUGCCACGUAUUAAUUAGGCGAGCAAAUUACGACAAGCCAUGGGUUGCCUUGAGUCCAAGGAUGCAUACGCGCAUCCAUUCGAUUGUGCCGAUUUCGGGUCCGGAUCAACAGCAGUGAAAAACGAUGCCGGGCGUGAUAGGGUGGAAUUGAAAGUAGUAGAUACCCUCUUUUAUUUGGUGGUUCGUCGAGCUCGAGUUUCAUUAAUUUUUCGCGUGGGUAAUUGUAUCUUUUAGAAGAUCUUCGGUAAAUCCAACCACCUGUCACAUGGUUGUAGACGGAGACACUACUUUUGAUUCUCAGUUAAGCAAACUUCCACUUCGUAGGUGUGUGUCACACGCACAACUGAACUGAUACCGACAAUGAAUUUGAGGUAGUCGAGUAUUCGACGUCAGCAGAUGAGUCUACGGAUGUUGGGGCUUCUUCCAGUAGCAAUUGCAGUCCAUUGGAGCCAGAGAGUUCUUCAUCGUCCGAAAACGUUUCCGCUGUGAAGUUAUGGGACGACCGCAAGAUAAAGCUCAUCCGAGUAUCUUUGUUGCGAAGAUCUUGAUCUUUUAUAUAUGAAAUACAGUCCUAAACAUGUUGUACUGCUCCUUUUUGGUGAAUGAAGAUACCUCAAAAUCAUGGAUUUCUUUGUAAUUAUACAACAGGAUUCGCGAAGACUACUAGAAUAAAGAUGCCUAGUCGACGUUUUGUCCCAGUACGUAAUUAAAGGUUAAGUAUUCAUGGCGCUAAUCAACAAGGAGAGCGCUGCUGGUCCAGAAUGCGAAAUACCAACGAUGGUGGGCGUGCCGCCGUCGUCAUCGUCGAGUUUGAGCAGCAGUGUUACGGACACUACCUUCUCCAACGCAGGCGAGGGGGGAAAAAAGAAGUCAGGCCACAAGAACAACAAAAGCGGAAAGAGCAAAGGAAAUAAGAAAGGCAAGGGGAAAGGGAAAGGUGGGAAUAUAGACGGAAAAGGCAAGGGAAAAAAAUGAUUGAUUAUGUGAAAAUAAAGUGAUAAAAGUAGAGUGAGCACCUGUUCAUGAGGAUUAUCACGAAGAAGACAUUUCCAUUUUUAUGGUGAUUGCAUGUGUUUAUUAUGUAGUUAGAAUGUUGUUUGACGAAAAGCACGUUCUCAUAUGCUUAUAUCGUCCCCCUGUUCAGAGAAACAUUACAGCCCAAGGCAUGGUACUAUCUAUAAAUUUAUCUCAGCUCGCCGCCUUCACUCUUGAGAACUUAGCUUUUUUACUUUUAUUUUUUAUCUUCGCGCAAAACAUCGCAGAGCAUUAUUCGGUAGCAUGUUUUGUCUUCACGCUGUCAUCUUUUAUCUGUUGAGAAUACUACCUGUGCCGCAUGUGCGUGUGCUUAUCUAUGCACUCGAUUGUCCGCAAACGCACCCAACCUCCUCCUGGCCAGAUGUAAAUUACCAUCUGCUCGUCAAGAAAAAGUCUCUUUUGUAUGUUUAAUCAGAGUAUCGCUCCUCGACAUGAUCGAUGGAGAAAGUUCAAGCCUCGGCCUCCUAAAAUCGUUGGGCCGGGCCGGCCUUACCAGCAGUAUAUGCGCC